UCAGUGAGGUCUUCAAAUUAUUUUCACUUCUAAAAUUGAAUUGUACCAAGCCGACAUGGCAAGAAAUAUUGAAGAGCUCUCCGAAGAUUUGUUUACAGAUGACUUUAUUCGAAUAUUUCAACCAAUAUUGUUUGUGUUGCGGGCCCUUGGUCUAGCACGUGUUAGUAUCAAAUACAGGUAUCCUACAGGCACAUCGAAGUGGUACCUUUUGUAUAGCAACGUUUUCUGGCUUCUAAAUGCAUUGUCCGCCGUAUAUUUCUUCUUCCACUGCGGUGAGAGUUUUGACUCUAAAUAUGCAAAUUCUACAUUAAAAUUCGGUGUUCUAAACAGCGGCAUAAACGGCAUACUUGUAGUGUUCCGAAAUAAUCUUGAACGGAACAACAAAUUCGGUGCAAUGUAUGUAAAGUUACAGAAGAUCGAAAGGUAUCUAAAUAUGGAAGAUACGAAAAGUAUAAACAAGCAACUAAGGAGUCAAUCUACUAUCGUAAUGGUGGUAGCUUUUUUUGUAACCAUAUUUUGGAUUGUAUUGUUCAAAUAUUUAUUUAUGAAGAGUAUGUGCAUACCGUUAAUUGUGAAUGUUGUGACUAGUAUAGGGUUGCAAACUGAGAUGGCACAGAUAUAUUUCAUUAUCAAAUUCAUUGUAACGAGAGUAUAUUACAUAAACGACAUAUUAAGGCAAGUGACGCUACUCUCAAUAGAGCCGUUGACUAAACCAAUGGAUGAUGGAAUCUUGUUCGUUGUGUCGAACACACUAGACCAAGACGGUGAACUUCCAGGCGAAUUGGUUUCCGGCAUGCAUUGCAUUUUUCAAGCAUUGUCAGAUUUUACAGGACUUUUUCAAUUUUCGCUAUUCUAUUUCGUCUGCCAAAUCUUAGCGUGGAACUUGGUAACCAUACAUUACCUAGUGACAUCGAUGAAAGAACAGGGAGCAGCGGACACCGAUUUGUUAUUGUGCGUGAUGCCAGUCUUAGUGGCUUUGCAGUUCAUAAUUUUGACUUUAUGUCUCAAAGCUCAAGACUUAUCAACAAAAUUGGAGGAGUCAAGGAAACUUUGUAUCGACAUCAUUUCAUCACCUCUAAUUAAUGGCAAAUCCAGAGAACAUGCUAAGCGACUCAUAUUGUUGGUGGAAGGAAGACGCAGCGUGUCCAUUUACAACAUUUGUACUUUCGGCACCCGCCUGCCCCUACAUCUACUUGCAAUCACUGCUAGUUAUACUGUCGUUCUAUUGCAACUUGCUCUACUUUGA